CGUGGUCCAUUUGAUGCUGUGAUCGAUGGUGCGAACUUGGGGCAUGCUAAUCAACAUAAAUUCAGUUUCCUUGAGAUUGCGAGAGUUGUGAAUCAAAUGCGUCAGAUCAGCCCUUCAAAGAAAUUACCACUUGUUGUUCUACAUCAGAGCCGAUGCUUACUGGUUACAAAUGAUGAGAUGAGAGAUCACUUGUUCAAUCUUUUAGGCAAUAACUUCUUUCCUAGAUGGAAAGAAAAGCAUCGGGUAGUUUCUUUCAUUCGUGGCUAUUACGUCCGGAUAAAACCAUCUCUUAAAGGGCUACUAACCUUGCGCAUGCCACUGCCUUAUUCACUUGUCAUCCAGUCACAAGGUAGUUGGCAUAUACCAACUGUUACUGGAGAUGAUCUUGAGACCCCAAGACAAUGGCUUUGUGCUACAAGGAUGAAACCACAG